AUGUCCACCCAGCCCCUCCUCCAGCGGACUGCUAAGAAGAGGAUCGCACUUCCCGUCCGAGUCGAGCCCAAAGUCUUCUUUGCCAAUGAACGUACCUUCUUGUCAUGGCUCCACUUUGCCGUCGUUCUCGGCGGUCUCGCCGUGGGGCUAUUGAACUUUGGUGAUAAAGUUGGAAAGAUCAGCGCCGCCAUGUACACAAUUAUCGCUCUCGCGGUCAUGCUCUACGCUCUGACGGUAUAUCAAAUGCGAGCGAGAGCCAUCAGAUUGCGGACGGGUGCGCCGUACGACGAUCGAUUGGGUCCUACUGUACUCUGUGUCUGUCUCCUCGCUGCUAUCGUGACCAACUUCAUCCUCAAGGCGGUAUACGAAUAG